AUGCAUACGAACAACCCGCCUCUGACAAGCCCUGGACCACAGCCCUUGAUGCGAAAGAGCUGCCACUUCUGUAGAUCAAGGAAAAUUCGAUGCUCAGGUCAAAGAAUUUGCAAUGCUUGUCAGGACAGAAAUAUUGACUGUAUCUAUGGACGUGAAGGCGUCAAAGGCCGUCCAAGAUUGCAAUUCGCAAGAUCUUACGGUCGUGGCUCCAAUCAAAGACUGAGAAAGGCUCAUGCUACUGGCAAAAGCCAUGUAUCCACAGCCACAAACACGACGGACAGCUGCUCAUCCGACUCUAGCCCAAUCGCCUCCACAAGAUCUUCUCCAUUCAUAUCAGAAGAGCCUGAACGAAACAGUGUUACAACUCCAAAUAUUGGUGCUGAGCUAUUGUUUGACUUCCUGUUCAACGGCAAACCCACUGGUCCCUCUAUCGAGUUUGAUGCCGCUAGUCAGGCGUUUGCACGUCAAGCGUCAGGACCAACGCGUGUCUCCACUACUAGAUGCGAGCGACCAAAAAUAGCCUACGAAAACGUCCUUUCGGUCAUGUUCGAUGACUUUGUGCUACUUACUCCUGCCAAAUGCUGGAAUUCGAGCCAGUCACUUACACUUAAUGACGACAGACCCCCUUUUAUUAAGGCCUGUCUGGAUCUGGAUCAAACCAUCUCAAUGUUCGAUGAACUUACGAAGCUCUACAACCCUUUACAGGAGCUUACCGAUCAUCAAACAAGUCAACUGAUAGAAAUUUGGUUCUCCCAUCACCCGCUGGCUUUUAUCAUCUCGAAAACAUUACAUCUCCAACGCUAUCGAAACAAUUGUCACGAUCAUGCUCUCCUGGCGAUCAUGCUUGCAGACGUGCAAUUUGCCCAAAACAAUGCGAGAGCGCAUUCCAAGGGACAUGAGUUGCUCACAUGGGCCAUAGCAGACUUUAAAAGAUCAGCCCAAAAUGCAAACGGCUUACCCAAGAUUCAGACCCUAACCCUGAUAGGGUGGCAUCAGCUAUUUUCUGGUAAUGCACGAAGAGCAGUAGCAUACCUACUCUAUUCUCGAAGUCUAUUGGCUCGACUUCCGAAGCCGGCGCUACAGCUCCACCUGGUCAAUGGCAUCGAUGUUGGUGGGGUUGAAAGAGAACUGGCACAGAACAUAGAAUGCCUUCUCUAUUCGACACUGACUUGGAUAUUCAUACAAUGUGGUGUAUCUGUACACACGUUUGCCACCCCCUCUGAAAUGAUCUCAUUGCCUCCAUUCGACGAAUCGAAGUCUGCAGCGCACGCCCUCGACCUCGCUUCAGACAAUACCGCGACAUUAUCUCACCAAGAGAAGACCAUACAAUCGCUAUGGCCCUUGACCCAUUUGGCUAGCACGAUCUCCCGACUCUGCAGUUUGUUCACAUAUCCAUCUAUAGCUGGCGUUACUCCGUCGUCUUUGACCAGUGGCUCGCAGGCCACGCAGAUGCUCGAGACACCUUCACUCAUGUCAUUGAGCAUACCAAGUUCAGAUCAGCAAAACCAAAAGGACAGCAGUAAGGCACACGCAUUCUUAAGUCGAAUAUCGAGCCUACUAAAAUUGCGUCUACAACCUCACGUAUCUCGCACAAAGCUCCUAGCAGCCUAUCAUACCCUGAUGAUAUACUUGCUACUCCCGGGCUAUGAUGGAGGGGUUAGGGCCACAAGCGCUCUCACAGAUGAAAUCAUCAACCGAUACUGCGUUUCUGCCGGAGAAAUCAUCGAACUGCUCAAUAACCAAAGUGAUACUCCACGCGAUGGAUGUAUUCUAUUAAGCUCUAGAGCAACUACCAGUAAUGACGCACUCCUCACGGGUCUAGAUGCGUGCAGCAAAGCCAUGAAAUAUGUUCAAGACAAGUCACUUGCGGGGUCUGGCUGGGCCAGCUCCAACUCGUCUCUCAGUGUUUCUGAACUUCAAACCAUUGAAUCUGAUCUGAGGGUUAUGAGAUCACAAAGUCCAGAGCUCAUUCAUCUCACACGACAACUCUACGAGGCGUGUCAAGACGAAGCAUUGCAGCAUAGUAGCAAGAUAAUAUCCAUCAGAGACAGGGUCAAAGAGAUCCUCCAAACUUUCGAGAGUCCUGCCUCCAUGGAAAACUACAACGCGACAUCUGAGACGUACGAUCUCGCGAGUCAUUCAUCAUUGGAAGGCACUUUCGACAGUAUAGGUAGCACGACGAGUACGCGUACACCGCCUACUCCGUUGUCCGCAUAUGAGACAAGACCAUACCAGGAUCUUACCGCGAUUCAAGGCCAAUUCAACAACACUAUGAGCGGCACUCAAUCGUCUUCCUCCGGCAGUGCCCUCGAAGCUUUCAGUAACGGCUCGCUAACAUUUCCAAACACUGCUGCCUUGGAUCCACGACCCCAUGAGAAGUUUGAGGGCUAUAUGGAUGCAUUUGUUCUGGAUGAACGAUACAUUGGAGCCUCAGCAACUGCCUUGCAAAAUGGGCAGGGACAGUAUUGUGAUCCUGCCCCAUUAGAAAACGGCAUGUAUUUCAACAUGCUAUGA